UUUGGCCGUUAUCGGUUCCUUUCCCCCUCCCUCUCUUUCUUUGUUUCAAACAUCUGCUCAGUUCACUCUCUCUCUCUACUUUCUCUCUCUACAUCUGCUUACGAACUGCUUACGUAAGUUCCUUUUCCAAUUUCUGUUUCUUUUUACUGCCAAUUUUCUCAGCCUGAUUUCUAGGCAAUAAUUCAAUUCAGUUUCCAAUUUUAUGAUCCACAUUACCCCAUGCCAUGCCUGUUGCUAAACAGAAUUUAGAUUGUGAUCAGAGUCGCAUCACCUUGGCUUUCAACAUGUUGCACAAGCAGAUAGGCGGCGACCCGGUUGAGUUUGAACUUCCUGAGUGGUUUAACAAAUGCAAACCUGUUGCAUCUUAUUCCUUCAUUAAGCGCAAUAUAUAUCUCACAAAAAGAGUUAAAAAACGCCUCCAAGAUGAUGGCAUCUUCUGUUCCUGCAGUUCAUCACCAGAUUCUAAUGAUGUAUGCGAUAGAGAUUGCCAUUGCGGAAUGCUCUUGUCUAGCUGCUCUUCAGGAUGCAAAUGUGGGACAUCAUGCCUCAACAAACCAUUCCAAAACCGACCAAUGAAGAAGAUGAAAUUAGUACAGACUGAGAAAUGCGGAGCCGGGAUUGUGGCCGAUGAAGAUAUUAAACGGGGAGAGUUUGUCAUAGAGUAUGUUGGUGAAGUUAUUGACGAUAAGACCUGUGAGGAAAGGCUUUGGAAUAUGAAACACCGUGGAGAAACAAACUUUUACUUGUGUGAAAUAAAUCGUGAUAUGGUAAUAGACGCCACAUACAAGGGGAACAAGUCCAGAUACAUAAAUCAUAGUUGUUCUCCUAAUACUGAGAUGCAAAAAUGGAUUAUUGAUGGUGAGACAAGAAUCGGCAUUUUUGCAACUCGUAAUAUAAAAACGGGCGAGCAUUUGACUUACGAUUAUCAGUUUGUUCAAUUUGGUGCAGAUCAAGACUGCCAUUGUGGUGCUGUUGAUUGCAGGAGAAAGCUAGGGGUUAAACCCACUAAGCCUAAGAUGUCUUCAGAUGCUGCCUUAAAAUUAGUAGCAUGCCAGAUGGCAGCAUCCUCUCCUAAACUGAAAGCAAUUUUAUCUGGAAAAGAUGUUUAUCAGAAUGGCGGUUUGCAUGCAGGGAGUUCUCAACAUGCUCUUUUUAAACAACAAACACACACUCGUAAUUGCAUUGGUGAAGUAAUUAAAUUCUUACAUCCACUUAAGGAGAGGUCUUUUGGGAUGAUAAAGAGAUUUGAUAAGCAUUCUAGGAAACAUGCAAUACUGUUUGAAGAUGGUUCCACUGAAUUUCUUGACAUGUCUAAAGAAGUUUGGGAAUUUGUAUCUGAUUUUUAACCCCAGGGUGGUGAAUGACUUCCAUGGACAAAAAUGUCAAGUGGAUGUUGAAUUGACUGCUCGGCGUGCCGUGCUUACAUAAAGCAAGGUUGAUCUUGCAUAGGAUAUAAACGAAUGUUGUUGUAUCAAAUAGGUUCAAUCAAUGCAAUUCUUUUCUUGAUACUAUAAAAGAACAGGAAACUGUAGUUAUCAUUCGUGAAGCAUUCAUCUGGAUAGCAGGCCGAUGAUACAAUACAAAUUCCCGUCGUACAUUCAUUCAUCGGCUUGCGAAUUUUAAAAGCCUGUGUUGAUUCUGGCAAUUGUAGUAGUAAAGGUUUGCUUCAUUGAUUUUGCAUAACAUGCUUAUAAAAUGCAGUCAACCAUGAAUCAACACUAUAUUCUAUUCUUGUAAUGCAUUAUGGCUAAUAACAAUUUGUCCACUAAGAUGUUCAUAAA